GCCAAUGAGUGCAUUCCACAUGCGGACAGCGAGAGCAGUACAUGCGGAUCAGGAGAGCGGCACAGCGGAGACACGCGAUUGGUGCUAGAGCUGCGAACACCGGCAGUGUGCUGCGGUUCACGGGAAUGAACGAGGGAUAGAUCCGAAAGACUAGUUAAGGGCUUUGUUUGGUUACUCGGCACAUCAUAAGGACACUAGGACUCCAAGCAGACAUCGAAAAAACUUAAAGACCAAAAACAACCAGCGAGUUUACGAUGCGCGUUGUGUAAUUCUUGCUUGAAUUAGUCCGUGGUUUGUAACUUUUCUUCUCAUUAAACGCCUGAACUAAAAAGUUAACAUCGGCUUUUAUCGUGUACUGUUUAUCUGAGGUCACUAACGUUACUGUUGUUUUUGGUUCAAGUUUUUCGUGGGUCCGAAGGUCUUGGGAAUCAGGACUGAAGGCUUUCAAGAAGCCAGUUUGUGGGGGGGUUGCGAGUCCGUUCAUAAUCAGCGUGUCCGUCCGUCCACGAUGGAGAACGCACAUACGAAAACCGUGGAGGAAGUUUACAGCUUUUUCGCCGUGAACGAGAGCACGGGGCUCGGCCUGGAGCAAGUGAAGCGUCAGCGGGAGAAAUGGGGACCGAACGAAUUGCCUGCGGAAGAGGGAAAAUCACUGUGGGAGUUGGUGGUGGAGCAAUUUGAGGAUCUUUUAGUGAGGAUUCUUCUCCUGGCAGCUUGCAUAUCUUUUGUACUGGCCUGGUUUGAAGAGGGAGAGGAGACCAUUACAGCAUUUGUGGAGCCUUUUGUUAUAUUACUAAUUCUUAUAGCCAACGCCAUUGUAGGUGUCUGGCAGGAGAGAAAUGCAGAAAAUGCCAUUGAGGCCCUCAAGGAGUAUGAGCCCGAGAUGGGCAAGGUCUAUCGCCAGGACAGGAAGACUGUACAGAGGAUCAAAGCCAGGGACAUCGUACCCGGGGACAUUGUGGAAGUUGCCGUGGGUGACAAAGUUCCUGCUGACAUUCGCUUGACUUCAAUCAAGUCAACAACCCUGAGGGUGGACCAGUCCAUUCUAACAGGAGAAUCUGUGUCAGUAAUCAAGCAUACAGACCCUGUCCCUGACCCUCGUGCUGUGAACCAGGACAAGAAGAACAUGCUCUUCUCUGGUACCAACAUUGCUGCAGGCAAAGCAGUGGGUGUAGUGGUUGCCACAGGCGUGAACACCGAAAUCGGCAAAAUCCGUGAUGAGAUGGCAUCCACAGAGCAGGAGCGCACGCCGCUGCAGCAGAAACUGGACGAGUUCGGCCAGCAGCUCUCCAAGGUCAUCUCGCUCAUCUGCAUCGCUGUGUGGAUCAUCAACAUCGGACACUUCAGCGAUCCCGUUCACGGCGGCUCGUGGAUCCGCGGGGCCGUGUACUACUUCAAGAUCGCUGUUGCACUGGCUGUGGCCGCCAUCCCCGAAGGCCUGCCCGCCGUCAUCACCACCUGUCUGGCUCUGGGUACCCGUCGCAUGGCCAAGAAGAAUGCCAUAGUACGCUCUCUGCCCUCGGUGGAGACCCUCGGCUGCACCUCCGUCAUCUGCUCCGACAAGACCGGCACGCUGACCACCAACCAGAUGUCCGUUUGCAGGAUGUUCAUUGUUGAUCAGGCAAAUGGAAACAGCUGCUCUCUCAAAGAGUUCACCAUUACUGGCUCCACAUACGCCCCUGAUGGACAAGUGUUUCAUGAGGAUAAACCAGUCCGAUGCUCCCAGUAUGACGCUCUGGUUGAAAUGGCCACCAUCUGUGCUCUGUGCAAUGACUCCUCUCUGGAUUACAAUGAGGCCAAAGGUGUGUACGAGAAGGUGGGUGAAGCCACAGAGACCGCCCUCACCUGCCUGGUGGAGAAAAUGAACGUGUUUGACACGCAACUGAAGGGCCUUUCCAAGGUUGAGAGGGCAAACUCCUGCAACUCGGUCAUCAAGCAACUGAUGAAGAAGGAAUUCACUCUGGAGUUCUCCCGAGACAGGAAGUCCAUGUCGGUCUAUUGCACUCCCAACAAAGCUCACUCCUCCAUUGGCAAGAUGUUUGUUAAGGGAGCUCCAGAGGGAGUUAUUGACAGAUGCACGCACAUUCGUGUAGGUGGGAAUAAGGUUGCACUGACAGCAGGCGUUAAAGAGAAGAUCAUGUCGGUGAUCCGUGAGUAUGGCACAGGACGUGACACACUGCGCUGUCUGGCUCUGGCCACCCGAGACAACCCAAUGAGUAAAGAGAGUAUGGUACUGGAGGACUCAAGCAGAUUCAUUGAGUAUGAGACGGACAUGACCUUUGUGGGAUGUGUGGGCAUGCUGGAUCCGCCCAGAGCUGAGGUGGCAGCUUCCAUCAAACUUUGUCGUCAAGCGGGCAUCCGAGUCAUCAUGAUCACAGGCGACAACAAGGGCACGGCCGUCGCCAUCUGCAGACGCGUUGGAAUCUUUGGAGAGGACAACGAUGUAUCACAAAUGGCCUACACUGGCCGUGAGUUUGACGAUCUGUCUGCUGCCACCCAGCGCGAGGCAGUGCUCACUGCCCGUUGCUUUGCCCGUGUCGAGCCAUCUCACAAAUCCAAGAUUGUGGAGUUUCUGCAGUCCCACGAUGAGAUCACUGCCAUGACUGGAGAUGGUGUGAAUGAUGCACCUGCUCUGAAAAAGGCUGAAAUUGGCAUUGCUAUGGGCUCAGGCACAGCCGUGGCUAAGACUGCCUCUGAGAUGGUCCUUGCUGACGAUAACUUUGCCACCAUUGUGGCUGCUGUGGAAGAGGGUCGAGCCAUUUACAACAACAUGAAACAAUUCAUCCGCUACCUCAUCUCCUCAAAUGUCGGCGAGGUGGUCUGUAUUUUCUUAACGGCGGCUCUGGGCUUCCCCGAGGCUCUGAUUCCAGUUCAGCUUCUGUGGGUGAAUCUGGUGACCGACGGUCUGCCUGCGACUGCACUGGGCUUCAACCCACCCGACCUGGACAUCAUGAGCAAACCCCCUCGCAAUGCCAGAGAACCCCUCAUCUCUGGAUGGCUCUUCUUCAGAUACCUAACCAUUGGCUGUUAUGUGGGUGCUGCUACUGUAGGUGCUGCUGCGUGGUGGUUCAUUGCUGCUGAAGAUGGGCCCAGAGUCACCAUCUAUCAACUGAGUCACUUCCUUCAGUGUGCACCAGACAACCCUGAGUUUGAGGGUCUGAAGUGUGACGUGUUCGAGUCUCCCUAUCCCAUGACCAUGGCGCUGUCUGUACUAGUCACCAUUGAGAUGUGCAACGCCCUUAACAGUGUUUCUGAGAACCAAUCUCUGCUUCGCAUGCCCCCCUGGGAGAAUGUGUGGCUGCUUGGAGCCAUCUGCCUCUCCAUGUCCCUCCACUUCCUUAUCCUUUAUGUGGAGCCCCUGCCGAUGAUCUUCCAGAUCACCCCACUGAACGUGACCCAGUGGCUUACAGUUUUGAAGAUUUCCCUGCCUGUCAUCUUGCUGGACGAAGUGCUCAAGUUUGUGGCUAGAAACUACCUGGACAAGCCCAAAGAUCUGGACAGUCCCAAGGGCAAGGCCUGCUUGCUCAGCACCUGCGCGGAGGGCAUUUCCUGGCCUUUCGUGGCUUUCUCACUCCCCCUGGUGCUGUGGAUCUACAGCACUGACACUAACUUGGCCAAAAUGUUCUGGUCUUGACUGAAAUGUGCACAAAAGUGUGCCUCCGCAACAGAGAAUGUGUACGAGAAGGACAGGACUAACUCAAAAAUAACCGUGAUAUAGAAAUAUAACCUUUUUUUUUAACAUGUCCAGUGGGGAUUGAGGAGACCAUACAGACCUGAAGUCUUCAAGUAUAGUGACCAUUGAUUUCUUUUUGUUAUUGCAUUUUUAAUCAUUUGUUUAAUGUCUUAUUUCAAACCAGUAUCAAUUAUGAUGAUAUCCAAUUUGGUUUGGCCCCAAAUUAUGUUUAAAUGGCUGAAUGGGAAAAAAAAAGUGCUUGUGUACAGACAUUUAACACUAUUUUAUGCAAUUGUUUAUUUGUUCAGUUUGCUAACAGAGAGCAGAGUGGGUAGGGUAGAAAGAGAGAGUGAGAGAACAAGACAGAACUGUUUACUAAUGUUUACCUUUGUGUCUUUGGCGUGAACAUCGCUCAGAGCCAAUGGACUAGCAUGGUGUUUCAAAGCAGCAUGGGAAAGAGAGUGCUGGACUGAAUGUUUGAAUGCUUCACAGUCAAAUCCUCAGAUGAAAGCUGCAUGUUCUGUAUUUUGCAUGCAUUUUAUGUGGUUUUUCACUUAUGAUUUGUACCUGUAUGUCUUUCCCCAUGUGUAAUAACUUCCAUUUUUAUGGGUAUAUAUUUUGUUUCCACUAUUACCUGACACUUUUGAUUAGUAAAGCCAGUUUUUCUGCACUAGGCAGAGUACAGCUACCUCAGGACUGUCAGAUUAGACUCUCUCUGGUUGCUUCUCCCCACUUAGCUUUACACCGCUUGUACACAUUAAUGCAUGAGGUUUGCCUCUAUUUGAUGAUAAACCGAAUUUAGAUUCUUUUUGCCCUAACUAAUCUGUUUUAAGUUUUGUUUGUUUGUUUGUUUGUUUGUUUUCACUGUAUUUUAUAAUUGAUUGAACUUGCAUUAACUUAAUUUGGGGGUUUUGUUUUGGGGAGGGGUGGGUGGACAAAAGAAGUAAAUGUUACCGUUUAGUG